CCGACUCCCAAUAUGUCCCUCGAGGGCCUCCCCUCAGCCCCCAGCAAGGCUGAAUGGGAGAGGUUCGCGCAAAUCAUCACAUAUGGCGACGUCGCUAUGUUUGGAGUUGUGAUCUAUGACUAUUUGAUUCAUAUCGGCUCUGAGCUUGAGCUGAUAUGGAGCAAAAGGCUUUCACCGUCCAUCGUCUAUUACUUUGUGCUUCGCUAUAUUGGGAUCAUAUUCGUCUUUCGUCGCAUAGUGGACUUCAUUGUGCUAAUAUGUCAAGCAGUGUUGUUUUUUAUGGUACAAGGGCUCAUGGCCAUACGCGUAUACGCGCUAUACAAACCUUCUACGGCUAUGCUGAGAUUUCUGUUGGUAUCGUUUAUCGUUGCUCAGGGUACUUGUCUUGUCGCUCUAGGCAUCAUAGCAAGGCUGGGAACCGGAGAGUAUGUGCUUCCCGAGUCAACCUGUCAUACUGCCCUUCCUGCGCAUAAGCAGGAUAUGUGGAUAUACAGUCUAAAUGCUGCCCUUCCAACGGCCUUUGAGAUCAUUCUCUUAGUUUUGGCGCUUUACCGGUUCUAUGGUCACGUCAAGUCUCACUGGCGAGACUCUUCACGCAGUGGUCUAUUGGCACUCGUAGUGAGAGACAACUUGCUUUAUUUCAUCAUCGUAUUUUUCGCCGGGAUGAUGACUACCAUAGGAUGGGUUCCCCGCCUCAAAGGAUACGGUGCGGGUGCCGCCACAUAUUGGACCGCUCUCAACGUUACCCAAGUCUUAGUCUUAUCAAUGUGCGGCCCAAAGAUGAUCCUCAACCUUCAUCGAUAUGAUGUUUGUCACCUUUCUGGUCUUGCAUGGAGUACGGAGGAAGUUGGACACCCUAUAGAAUUGAGUACCGUGUACCUGGAACCUGAUGGGCCGGUACCAAGUGAGUGCAGCGCCGAGGUUUGAAUCUACCGUAUGAGUAUGAUAUUAGAGUUUAUGUAGAGACAUUAUAACGGUGUUUCCCUUCCCGUAGCCUCGAGUUUCAAUAUCUUCACACUGAUUUUAAUCCUAGUGAUGUAUAGC